AUGGGGAAAGGUUUCUACAUUAGUAAAGCUGUUGGGGUGGGGGGGGUCGUCCUGGGUGCAGGGGCCCUGGCAACCAUCAUAGCUCUGUCUGUCGUCUACUCGCAGGAAAAGGCUAAAAAUAACGACAAUCAGGUUUCACCGACAGUCGGACCGACUGUCGGGCCGACUGUCGGACCGACUGUUGGACCAACGUCGUCCAAGCCUGAAAUGACGACUGUCCCGUCCAACGAAGCCUGGGACAAGUACCGGCUCCCCAAGAGCCUGGUGCCGGAGCACUACAACGUCCUGCUGUGGCCCCGGCUGAUGGAAGACCCCAUCACUGGACUCUUCAUCUUCACUGGUGAGUCCACUGUGAAGUUUCAGUGCACCGAGGACACAGACGUGAUUAUCAUCCACUCCAAUAAGCUGAACUACACCACACUUGAGAAUGGCCAGUGGGCGAACCUUACCGCGGUCAACAGUGGCGUCAAGGCCCCGGCGAUCAAGUCUUCGUGGCCGCAGCCUGUGACUCAGUACCUGGUCCUGCAGCUGGACGGGAAACUCAUGAAGGACCAAUGGUACCACCUGUACACCGCCUUCACUGGGGAGCUGGCUGAUGACCUGGGAGGAUUCUACCGGAGCGUGUACAUGGAGAAUGGACAGCGCAAGGUUGUUGCGACCACUCAGAUGCAGCCGACAGACGCCAGAAAGGCUUUCCCUUGUUUUGACGAGCCGGCUAUGAAAGCUACUUUCAACAUCACUCUGAUCCACGACCCUGAAACAGUCGCCUUGUCCAACGGGGCACAAAGAGACUCAAAGGCCGUCAUCAUUGAUGGCAAGAAUCUGAAGCAGACAGAUUUUGAGCAGACUGAGAAAAUGUCCACCUACCUGCUGGCCUUCAUCGUCAGCGAGUUCACCUUCAUCAGCAACACCGUUGAUGACGUUUUGAUCCGUAUCUUCGCCCGGAAGCCUGCUAUCGAUGCAGGACAAGGCGCUUACGCCCUCAACAAAACUGGACCCAUCCUUAAGUUCUUUGAGGGAUAUUACAAUUCCAGUUACCCUCUGCCCAAAUCUGAUCAAAUCGCUCUGCCAGACUUCAACGCUGGAGCCAUGGAGAACUGGGGUCUGAUCACGUACAGAGAGACGGCGCUGCUCUACGAUGAAGGAGUCUCUUCCAACUCCAACAAGGAGAGGAUUGCUACCAUCAUUGCUCAUGAACUUGCUCACAUGUGGUUUGGUAAUCUGGUGACCCUGAGGUGGUGGAAUGACUUGUGGCUGAAUGAAGGCUUUGCAUCUUAUGUUGAGUACCUGGGAGCAAACGUGGCCGAACCAGACUGGAGCAUAAAUGACCUCAUCGUGCUCAACGAUGUCCACAGGGUGUUUGCCAUCGAUGCUCUGGCCUCUUCUCACCCGCUGUCGGCCAAAGCAGAAGACAUCCAGAGACCAGAGCAGAUCAGCGAGCUGUUCGAUGCCAUCUCGUACAGCAAGGGAGCUGCUGUUCUGAGAAUGCUGUCGAAUUUCCUCACUGAAGAAAUCUUCGUAAGGGGACUCAGGACCUACCUGAAGGAAUAUGCAUUUGGGAAUGCAGUUUACAACGACCUGAUUUACCAUUUGCAAAUGGCCGUUAACGCCACUGGCACUGAUCUGCCAAAAAGUGUCCAGGGCAUCAUGGACACCUGGGUGCUGCAGAUGGGUUUCCCUGUGGUCACCAUAAACACCACCAGUGGGGACGUCUCCCAGAAGCACUUUCUCCUGGAUCCAGACUCUGAAGUCACAACUCCGUCUCCCUUCAAUUACGAAUGGAUUGUUCCAAUCAAGUGGGCUAAGAAGGACACACCCCAGAUACCUUAUUGGCUGGAGCAAAAAUGGGCAACAAACAAUGCGAUGAAGACGACAGGAGAUGAGUGGGUGCUGGCCAACCUCGAUGUGGUGGGUUACUACAGAGUCAACUAUGACGACAGCAACUGGGACAAGCUGCUAAACGCUCUGAACACCAAUCAUAAGCUUAUUCGAGUGAUCAACAGAGCUCAGCUGGUGGACGAUGCUUUUAACUUGGCGAGAGCAAAGAUCAUCCCGACAGUCCGCGCCCUCAGUACGACCAAGUACCUGAACCAGGAGAGAGACUACAUGCCCUGGCAAUCGGCUCUGUCAAACCUGAACUUCUUUUACCUCAUGUUUGACCGCAGCGAGGUCUACGGCCCCAUGCAGGAUUAUCUGAGGAAGCAGGUCGUCCCUCUGUUUAAUUACUACAAGGGGUUGACUAAUAACUGGUCUAAAGUACCGACUGGACACUUUGACCAGUACAAUCAGGUGAAUGCCAUCAGCCAGGCGUGUAAGACGGGCUAUGAGGAAUGUCAAACCCUGGUGAAGGGAUUGUUCAAACAAUGGAUGGACUCCAAGGUUAACCGGAUCCACCCCAACCUACGUACCACGGUGUACUGCAAUGCCAUCGCAGCAGGUGGCGCUAUAGAGUGGGACUUUGCUUGGAUGGAGUUUCAGAACGCCACCAUCGCUGGUGAAGCUGAAAAACUGCGCUCGGCUCUGGCUUGCACAAAACAAACCUGGCUGCUCCAAAGGUACCUGGAGUACACUCUGGAUCCAGACAAGAUCCGAAAGCAGGACGCCACCUCCACUAUCGUCUACAUCGCCAACAACGUGGUUGGUCAGCCUCUGGCGUGGGACUUUGUCAGGGACCGGUGGUCGUACAUUUUCAAUCAGUACGGUGGUGGAUCGUUCUCCUUCUCCAACCUCAUCAAUGGCGUCACAAAACGCUUCUCCACUGACUUUGAGCUGAAACAGCUGCAGCAGUUCAAGGCCGAUAACUCAGAGGUGGGUUUCGGCUCCGGCACCCUGGCGGUGGACCAGUCCAUCGAGAGAACCAUCGGCAACAUCAAAUGGAUCGCGGAGAACAAGCAGAACGUCCUGAACUGGUUCUUGGCUGAAACAAAGCCCUGA